AUGACGCUUGGCAGGCACAAACGCUACGCUGAGAUACUAGGUGGGUUUAACGAACUGCUACAAGCUGGUAUUUGCAGGCUGGCGGCGAAGGUACUAAUAGAAUCAAACUCUAAAGAGAUAAUUUCUAUGUUGCGAAAGAAGACGUCGGUGGCUGCAGAGGUUGAAGGCAUCGUCCAUGAUAUCCAUGUGUUGAAGAAUCGCUUGGGUGCUUAUCGUUUCAGCACACUAGACGUAGUUGUAACUGAGGUGCUCAUUUAG